AUGGACCGAAAGCGUUUGCAGCAGCUCAGCGCUUACGUUCACGGCGGGUGCAGCGGCUUGAACGAGGCUACACAGCUGUGGCCUCGCAGACGAGCACGCGCUUCACAGAGCAGCUGGAGCAGAAGCGCCCUUUUCGCGAAAUACUUUAUCGAAGAGAGAAAUCAAGCAAGUGGGCGCAGCAGGGUCUUCUUGCACGACGAAGAACAGCGGCACUGGCGAGUCGUCCCUGAGCCACCAGCCGGCACUGCCGUGACCCGGCCUGAGAACUGGCCUCAGCGCCUCGUGCAAACACUACUGCUACCCGCCGACUAUCCUUCAGCUGUGUCGAGCGAUUAUGAUCGGUUUUGGCGCUGGAAUAUCCUGCGACAUACACUGCUAGAGGCGGCAGAGGUUCUUGGAACCCAGUCCAUGCUUCUGGCUCUGGGUGUCGGGGGAGCAAGCGCGCUGCCUCUCGCUGCUGCCUGGAAGUGGAUACUGAAAGACGGCCUUGGUUAUUUUGCAAAAGUAGCUUUGGCUACGCAGCUCGCACCGCGCGUGGAUAACGAUCCGAAACGUUUCCGUUUCUACGGUGACUUUGUGAUGGCGCUGGGCACGCUCUUCGAAAUGCUGACGCUGGCGUUUCCACCCUGGUUUUUGGCUCUAGCUUCGACCGGGAACCUGCUUCGCAAGGCUGCGGAUGUUGCAACGGGCCCAGCAUAUCGCGUGUUUCUCUAUCAUUUCAGCAUUCGAAAUAAUAGCGGCGACGUGUCGUCGAAAAGUGAAUCUCAAGUAGUGGUCGGGCGUCUGUCCGGGAUCGGAGCCGGCAUCGCGGUCUCCGCAGUAACAAGUCACGAUGCCUCUGCUCUGGUGAUGGCGUAUGGAUUACUCAGUGCAGGACAUUUGUAUGCGACGUACCAGAGCGUCAUUCGACUCGAGCUGCGCACGUUGAACCGAACGCGCCUCGAAUACGUUUUGAACGUUUACACCGCGAGUAGCGGUAAGCGAGUGCCGUCCAUCGCCGAGGCAAAUGCAGCAGAGCAAAAGUCUUUUCUGAGACCCUGGUCUCAUGUAUAUCGGAUUCGCUUCGUGAACUCGCUAAAUGAGUUACUUUCGGAUCCGUACGAAGGAACAGGGCAGGGACGCCCUGAGCAUCUUGCCCGUGCCACGAUUUCGAGCAAGUCCGGAGAUGGCGCAACAGCGCAUUCCACUGAAAAGCCAGCCGGUUGGGAACGUUUUCUGGGCGAUCCAAAGCUUCGGUACUUGUUGGCACGACGGGCACGUCGUCCUUAUCACCGAACCCAGGGUCGCGCUGAUGACUUCCUUAUCGCUCUCCAUUGUGAUGCACAGGUGGUGGACAUUCUGCAGGCGCUGCUGCACGUGUGGCAGUCAGGUGGACGUGACUGGCCGCCACCGGACCCACAUCCGCUCCUCGGACAGCUCCGCGAAGCGGGCUGGGAUAUCUCCCGGAUCCUCUGGUACACGGGUUCCGUGCGCCUGCUCUGGGGUCACGAGACUGCUUCAACCGAAGCGUUGAACCGUGGUGCUGACAAGGAUGCAGCCCGACAGCGGUACUUGUAA